UUACAGUGUAAUGUAAAGCAUCACUGUUUUGGAGGGUCUAUAAUAUGAGUGUAUAAUACAGUAUAUGUUGUGUUAUAUUAUAUGUUGUGUUAUAUUAUAUGUUGUGUUAUAUUAUAUGUUGUUUUAGAUUCGAUAAGUUUGUCGAAAGUUUGCUAAAAUAUAAUGCAAUCAUGUCUUCAAUUGUCUAUUAUUUACAUUAAUUGAUAUACUGUUUGACACAUUGAUUGUCUUCAAUGAUGUCAAUUACUGGACACUCAAACUAUUAAAUGCGUUGAAAUUAGUGACCAAUUCAUUUGUGGCCAAAUCGGUAAUCGUUGCGAUGGACAUGAAUGUGGACAACAACUCGAUGGACGACCCGAACCACAACAAUAACAACUCUCAAGAUUUCGUUGACUUAACGAUAGGUUCGGCCGAAUUGGAGAUUGAUUUGUUGUCCCGUCGGGCCAGCAGUCAAAGCGAUGACAACUCUAUCUUUGCUCACUUGGAUGCAAACGACACGCUAUUCGGCGAACUCACUGAUGAUUGUGACGACAAUUUGCCGUCACUUAUGCCCGACUCGACGGUAUCGCGACCUCUAUCUCUUGAACCCAUAGUCUCUAUAAAUCCAAUUCGUUUGCCAUUUGAAUCCAGUCUUUUAAGCCAAUCAUCAAAUGCUAACUUAAAUAAGACUCAAAUGCAAUCACAGCAGUCAUCAUCGUCUGGUACCAAAUUACCAGUUCCUCUGAUGCCAUCAAAACGAGGACCAGGAAGACCUCGAAAGGAUGGAAAGGUACCGAUUCAAAGGAAAAAUUUGUUUCCUGGUCGGCCACGAAAUAGAGGACGCAAAACAUUAAAUGUAUUAAACAUUGGCUCUAAUCUAUCCGGUGGUGAUCUACAGUCACCAAAGUCAUUGAAUUCUUUUAAUGUUUCACCCGCUUUGCCAUCAAAAGCCAUCUCUGGUAAUAACGGUUGUCGAACACCAGACACGAGUAGAACUGAACUUUCAAUACCGUCGAGUAAUUCAAAUCUUAUGAUCACUAAUUCUGAUGACUCUAAUAAUGAAACUGAACUUAAAAUUAGUUCAAAAGUUUGUAUAUUUUGUAAUUUAUCGGAAAAUUCUCUACACUUUUUGGGAGAACUGAUUCGUUUUGAUCCAACCCCUGGGUUUAACCCAAUGAAACGUUCUGUACGACGAAGAUCAUCACCUGAUUCUGAUAUAACUCCUGGAAGUUCGUCAACUGAAACAUCAGAUUUAGCUUCUCCUGUUAGAACAGGUAAAGAAUUAUCUCAAAAGUUUAUUAGACGUGGAACUGAAAUACAGAAAGUAAUUCCGGGGCCUUUAGAUGAAAUGAAAACGAUUGGUUUUAAUGAUAAAUCAAUAAUAAUGAGCUUAUUUGAGCCAUCGGGUCACUGUUGGGCACAUCAUUGUUGCGCUGUGUGGUCAAAGAACGUACAACCGGAUGAAAUGCUUAAUGUGGACAAAGCCGUAUGUGAUGGCGCACAACAGCAAUGUUUUGAGUGCAAUAAAUAUGGCGCUACCAUUGUCUGUGAGGCCAAACCAUCCUGUAAUCGGUUUUAUCAUUAUGCCUGUGCUAUUAUCAGCGGUGCUUUUCAAGAUAUAAAAUCACUGUCACUAUUAUGUGGAACACAUUCAUCACAAGCAGUGACUCUAUUUAAAAGUGAAGCCUUAUGUGUAAAUUGUGAAAAACCGGGAGAUAUUCACGAUCUCUUAUUCUGUACGAGUUGUGGUUAUCAUUAUCACGGACUUUGUUUGGAUCCUCCAGUGAGCGCCACUCCAAAUGUAAGAGCCGGCUGGCAAUGUCCCGAUUGCAAGAUGUGUCAGACAUGUCGUAAACCUGGAGAUGAAAAUAAAAUGUUAGUUUGCGACUCAUGUGAUAAAAGUUAUCACAGUUUUUGUUUGCGACCAAUAAUGGCAACCGUCCCAAAGCAUGGCUGGAAAUGUAAAGAUUGUCGCGUUUGUGGUGAUUGUGGAGCCAGAACCCCAGGUAAUGGUCCCAGUUCUCGAUGGCACAUGAAUUAUUCGGUUUGCGAUAGUUGUUAUCAACAGCGAAACAAAGGUAGUUCGUGUCCUAUCUGUGGUAAGGCCUACCGACAGGCCUGUCAAAGUGAAAUGCUUCAAUGCAUUACGUGUCGCAAACUAAUUCAUCCGACGUGUGAACCAAAACUAAGUCAAUGCAAUGAUGAUCUCAUUACAGAAAUUGCUAAUAAUUAUGUUUGCAAAGUAUGUGAGAAUUCUAGUGUUUCCGGUGUUGAGUCAAGAGAUGACAUCCAAAAUGACGCCACAAUUCCCGACAAUAUAUUCAAUGCAAGUCGAGAAUCGUUUGGGUCAUUCACUGAAGAUUCAAUGGGAAGUAUUGACAACAUAGAUGUCCAACCAUUGGGCAAUACAUUAGAUAAUACAUCUGAAGUGAAACCGUUUGCAACACAAUUUUCAACGACAAACAUUACAUUAGGUCGACCUUCCGUUCCAUUUGGCGGUAAACUAUCGGGUAAAAAGAGACUGAAUUUUUCCGGAAAAAGAGGCGGAAAAUUUCCCGGUAGAAAAAGAGCCAAAACAGUAGAAUUUAGACGAAAAAGAGGUCCGAAAGCAAAGUUUAAGCCAUUUGCUGGUCAGACUGGUUCUAUAGUUUUAAAUAAUUCUGGAAUCACUUUGACAUCAAUUGGAGCUCAAGAAGGAGAAGUCAGAGAAAAGAUUAAAGACGAUGAUCCGGCCAAUGAAAACAAAGUACUUCUUUGUUCAAUCAAUGAUGACUUUGUAUUAUCACAAGACGUGUGUGCGAUGUGUGGAAGUUUUGGUCAGUCAGAAGAAGGUCGUCUUAUAUCAUGUUCUCAAUGCGCACAAUGUUAUCAUCCAUUUUGUGUAAAUAUUAAAGUGACAAAAGUUGUGCUCAACAAAGGUUGGCGUUGUUUAGAGUGUACUGUUUGUGAAGGUUGUGGACAACCUCAUGAUGAGGCACGGCUUCUUCUGUGCGAUGAUUGUGACAUUAGUUAUCACACUUACUGUUUAGACCCUCCUUUAGAUGAUGUACCUCAGGGCACUUGGAAGUGUCGAUGGUGUGUUAUUUGUGUUAAAUGCAAGUCAACCGAUCCGGGAUUCGGUUCUUUGUGGCAAAAAAAUUAUACUGAAUGUGGUCCCUGUGCCAGUCAGGCUACUUGUCCCGGUUGUCAGACAGAAUAUGUUGAAAGUGAUCUUAUUAUUCAAUGCAUUCAAUGCAAUCGUUGGCUCCACUCUAAAUGUGAUGGUAUGACUACUGAAGAUGAUUGUGAAAGUGCCGCUGAUUUUGGUUAUCAUUGUCUUCUUUGUCGACCUAAAGAUGAAUUAGCGCCUCAUAUACAAGCUCGAAAAGCUAAAGCUUUGGCCACUAAACACCAAUUAAUAGAUUCAGUGAAACAAAUUAAUGAAGAAAUACAAGAGUCGACUACAAAAUGUUUUAACAGAAGAGAUUCAGAAGAUUCUAUUCUAAGCAAAAUAUCUAACAUUUCCAAUGCUAUGACACCACAAGUCACUCAAACCUCGACUUCAGUUUCAGGAACAACAACUAUAACUUCUAAUAUCAAACCUGUUGUUCCAAAAUUUCAAUCAAAUUAUCAUUUAGUCGAUGGAGUUAUGCUUUCCGAUAGAGGUUUAAGUCAAAUAAAAGCACUUCAAGUGGAACAACCAAAGAGGACAAGAAUGAAGAGAGGAACCAAACAAUUAUUAAAUCAAUUGUCUUUAAAUUCGAAUAAAUCUGAAGAAAUGGAAACCGAUAUUCCUAAAGAAGAUGACACGGUAUCUCUAGAUGAUAAGGUAGCUGAAGAUGGUGUUCCUGUUAAGUCUGAUGAAUUGGGAGAGAAAAAGAAACGUCAAAGAAGACUACAUAAGUUAGGAAUCGGAGGGUUUUCUGUAAAACAAAGAGGAAGAAUGAGUAAAGAUAAUGAAGAACUCGUAUCUAAUCCUGAUUUAGAUGUCAAUGGAAGUGAUAUAAUAGGUAACAGUGAGUCACUUAAUUUAGAUAAACCGCGAAGAAGACGACGGAUUAGUAAAAAGAAGAGUCAACUUCAGGAUAGUUUUCCAUCGUAUAUGCAAGAAGCAUUCUUCGGCAAAUUACUUCUUGAAAACACUCACUUAGAUUCCAACCAAUCAAAUGCUUCUAAAGAUUUAAAUCUAUUAAGUAAUGAUGAGGAAGAUUUAUCUAAGAAUAUAGAAAAUGAUAAACUGAUAGUUUUGACGCCAACAGAAGCUGCAGCCGUUAGAUCUCAAAAACCUAAAAAAGAAAUUACUUCACGACUUUUGGAUGAACGUUCUGUUAGUCCACUUGAAGAUGAUCUUCAAGACGGAGACGACUUUAAUGAUUUGUUACCACCACUUCCACCUGAUGAUGAACUUAUGGAUAUUUUAAUCAAUGAAGACGGUUUAGAUCGGACUGAUGAGUCACUCGAUAAUUUAGAUGUCAGUGCUAAGGAUGAAGAGAACACAAAAGAUGAUACAAUAGAUCUGUUGAGUCCUAACUUUAAUUUAGAUGGAAUUGUUGGCGCAUCAAGUCUACCACAAAUGGAUAGUAAAGAGGUUGAAGAUCUUUUCAAAGGUGUGUUGUCUCCACAAAAUACAGAUGACAGCAACGACUUUAAUUCAUUGUUGGAGUCGUCUAACUCUGCAAUAAUUGCUGACAUAAAGCCAUCGAUUCCAAUCCAAAUUCCUCCUCCACCUCUUACAUCACCGUUAGGUCCACCGCCAACACAAAAUUUAAUGCCUCCUUCUUCAGUACCAUUGCCACAAUUGAUUCAUUCAAAACAGACUCCUGAUAUGAAUUCAGUUGGAUUAAUGGAAAAUCCAUACAAUCCAAUGCCAUCACCAUAUUCGAUGCAAAUGAAUGAUCCGAUAUCUUCUCAAUUUAGUCCACAAAUUACUGAACCACAGAGUCCAUGGCCUGCAGAAGCAGACGAGCAAAUUACAUCUCAGGGACAGAAAAAUAUGAUUAAAUGGGAAAGUGAUGAAGCAUUGGGACAAAUGGCAACUAUUUCACCCGUUCUCUAUGCAAAUCUAAAUCAUCCAAAUCUUAAACAAGAGUUUCCCAAUUGGAACGAAAGAAUUAAACAAAUAUCUAAAUUAUGGCGACAAUUGCCAACAGAUCAAAGACAACCAUUUCUACAGAAAGCCCGCGAAAAUCGUGCGGCAAAUAGAAUACAAAAAGCACAGUCUGAACAACAAAAAGUGUCGAUUAAAGAGAUACGUCAACCCAUUACAGUCAAUACUCCCAAUAUUACCGGUGUUCGGGAAAAUGAAAAUGAAAGACAAUGGAAAAGUUUACAAGCGUCCAGACAACAGGUCAUACAAGAACAAAGACAAGCAAUUUUUAAGAACCAACCGAUAUCGGGACAAAUAUCGCCCGGAGCUGAUGUUAACCGAAUCCCAAUUCAUAAUAUUCCACAUUCGCCAUCCAAAUUGAUGCCUGAAUAUGGAAGUGAUAUGGCGUCACCUAUUCAUCAUAUUCAGGAUAUGCCUAUGCAGUCUCCUCGUCAUUCACUUCAGAAUCCAUUUAUGAUAAAUAGACCUCAAGUUCAUUCACCUUCAGGUCCAUCACCAAUGAGUCCAGUCAUUCAAGUUUCACGAGUCAGACCACCAAUAGAUCCAAACAAAUUACCCGUUGGAUCCAAGUCAAUGCAAUAUGAUCCUUAUUCUCAUCCGCCAAACACACCCCGACCUCAACCACAAAUAUCGGCUUUACAACCAAUUGUAAGGCCGGGGACACCUCAACAACGGUCACCAUUUUCUCCAUCAUCUCCCGGAGCUGCAGUGGCAAACACUUCAAUGUCUCAGACACCAUCAGUAGAAGGUCCUCAAACUUUUCAAACACCUCCUUCAACACCUAGGCCUCAAAGCACUGAUCCGCACAUACAAACACAAACACCAUUACCUGUUAGUCCAUAUGGUCAGCCACAGCCACAGACACCAAUUUCAAGUCCAUUCUCUCCGACUCACAAUAACAUUAUAAAUCAAAGCCAACAACAAUGUGUCGAUUCUUUUAGUCAGCGAAAUCAGCAAUCGUUUACAUCGGAUUCAAUGGAAAAUAUUCAAAAUAAUGAAUGUCUUUAUCAAAAUGCUGGUCAAAGAGUUGGACAGCGAACAUCUGAUGCAUUCAAUCAAAACAUAUCGUCUCCUAAUACUGAUCCAUAUUCAAGACCUGUAGCGACUCCACAACCACCACAGUCACCUCAAAAUGAACAAAUUCAGAAAAUGGGAUCAACUAAUCUUCAACAACAAGAUAUGUAUGCCUGUCAACCUAUGACCCCUAGACCACAACAAUCUAUUCAAAGAUCGCCUUUUGGCUCUCAAGAAGAUAUUUAUUUAAGACAAACCCCAAACUCAAGAGUGUCGCAAUCAUCUGAUAUAUAUUCUCAGCCACCCGGAACACCUCAUCCUAAUUUUCAACAAACACUUCAACAAUCACCUCAACCACCUCAUUCACCGUCAACAUCACAACACGAUCCGUAUGCUUAUCAGCCAAGUACUCCAAGACCUGUUGCUUCGCGACCUUCAUUGCUAAAUAUAAGACAACCAACAAUGAUGAGACCUCCUGCACCUCCAUCUCAGACUCUGGUUGAUCCAUAUGCACGACAACCCGGAACACCAAUGCCUUCUCCACUUCAUGAUCCAUAUGCCAAACCUCCAGGAACUCCAAUGCCAAUGAGUGAAAGAAUACAAGAAGGAACUGAAACACAAUUAUCGCGACAACAUUUGAGAGACCUUUUGCAGAAACAACAGGUUAGAAGACAACAGGGAGCAGAACUACCUCCACGACUUUGGCCACCAAAUAAUCCAGUCAGGGCUCCUUCUAGUGAUGGUAUGUUUCGCCAACCUAUACCUCCAGGAGUGAUACCACGACCAAGAGUGCCAACAAGUUUUCAAUCUGAUCAAGUGUUUAGACAUCCGGGUAAUGCGGGUGAUCCGCGUCUACUUUCAAAUCGUUUACCCGAUUCCCGAAUGCAACGCAUUUUAGUAUCACAACCACAACAGUUUCCAAUGAGAUCUCAACAACAAUGGACUCGAAUGCCACUACAGGUUCAUCCGAAUUCAGGUUUACCGUCAAGUCAACCAUUAUCACAAUCAGGUACAGAAGGUCAUUAUAAUCCUGUAUUAGCUCCCGGGGCUCGUAUGCCUCCAGGAGUCCAACAAAAUCCUAAUAUCAUUUACGGAUCAACUACAAUGAGACCUUCUAUGAGACCGCCAAUGUAUGUGCGGCAGACACAACCACUACAAAUGAAUGUGCAGAAUAAUGAUGCGAUUCAAAACCAAACACAGAUACGCAUUCAGAAGCCAGUUAUGAAUACAAACUUAGUUAAUGCUCAACAAAUAAGUGACGGCCAAACCAAAGUGCAAUUACAACCAACUCUUCAACCAAAUGCAAAACAUCCGACAACCAGUGAUAUCGUACAACAACUUCAAGAACAACAAACCCCAGAAUUGAUUGAAGAAGAAUGUCCUGUUGAAGAUCUCGAUGACGACGAACUUUUAGGUUUAGGAAAUGAUUUCAAUAUUCUUGAAUACGCCGAUCCAGAACUCGAUAAAACAUUAAGUGGAAAAACAGGUGGAAAAAGCAAUAUAUUUGAUGAACAUUUGGAUGAAUUGGAUGACAAAGAAGAUGGUGACGACAAAAAUAAGAAUAAAAGUGGAAAUGAAAAAAAUGGGAAAAAUAUCGAAUCACACAAUACUGAGAAAAACACUAAUAAUAAGAAAAAUGAUAAUAAUAUUAAUAAUAAUAAUACUAACACUACUACUAGUACUACUACUACUACUACUACUACCAAUACUAUUACUACAACAACAACUACUAAUACUAAUAUUAAUAUCAAUAUUAAUGAAAAAAAACCUUCUAUUAGACAACAAAAUAAUCCAUUGGUACAAAAUGUACAACAAAUGCAAACACCGAAUAAACCUCCAGAUUAUCGACUUUCAUAUACUCAUUCAUCUCAAUAUCGACAUCAACAGCAAGAAAUUCCGCAACCGCCACCUCCUCCGCCAUAUUCACAAACAUCACCACAAAUGACUCAUAAUGUUAAGCCAGAUAGCGCUCAAUCAGGAUGUGCUGAUCCACAUCUACAAGUCAAGCCUACAUUACUUCAGGAGCAACCACUGCUACUCGAAGAUUUAGUGGAACAGGAAAAAAGAGACCAAAGACAGGCUGUGCCAAUACAGUCACGAACAUAUCCAACCGAUAGUUUAAUGCCUCAAUCAGACUCUUUGUUAAGUGAUGUCGAGUUUGAACGCCUUAAAGCAGAUAUUUUAUCAGACGAACCGAUUCAAUCAUUAAACAUUGCUUCUGUACAGACAACACAUCCUCACCAGCAAAUGCAAUCUUAUUCUCAACAAAUGGUCCCGAAUGCGAAUCAAGGACCUCACUGGCAGAAUAUUGCAAAUACUGCUUAUCAAACACAGACACGAUUACCACAAAUGGGUCCCAGAAUGGGUCCACCGGUUCAAAGACAUCAAAUGUUUCAAUCAGUUCAAAUCAAUCAAAUGGGAAUAACGAGUGUCAGAAUAGCAUCUCCACGACAACCAAUACGACCAAAUGUUCCGUUAAUGCCGUCAAUGUCACCCAUAAGACAAAUGGUGAGUCUUCCUCCACCACCUGUACCACCAGCAGAACCUAUGAACGAUAUGGAGCGUCAGCAACAACUUCAAUAUGAGAGUUGGCUUAUUCAACAAAAUAAUUUAUUAUCACAACAACAAAAAUUUUAUGAAACAGAAGUGGCAAAACUUAGAAAAACUAAGAAAAUGAUAACAACUAAACAAAGACAAUGCAAAAAGAAUGGAACCGAUUUGAAUGAAACGGAUCAAAAUGAAUUGACUCGUAUUACACAAGAAAUUAGUUCCGUUCAAAAACAAUUAGAACAGAUUCGAAAAUCAUUAAGACAUCACCAAAUGUUAACCAAUGAUUUUAAUCAAAAGAGAUCUAAACAGUCAAUGCCUGGUGUUUCACAAACAUCUAUAUCUUUACCACAAUCUCCUGGUAGCACUUCGAUAACAUCAAUGCAGACAUCACCCCGAUCAGUUCAUUCUCCACUAAUGGCAUUGGGAUCAUCAGGUCCUGGGACUCCUAUAGCUUUGGCAGGUCCUGCAACUCCUCAAUCACCAGCUAUAAUGAGUCCAUCACCUAUGGGAGGACCGUCACCUUCUCCUUUAAUGCAGAACUCUCCGAUUCCAAAUUUACAUUCACCGGCACCUAUGCCACCAUCACCUAUGGUUCAGUCACCAAUGACUCACCCACUAACAAAUGAUUCAAACAUUAGGCCUCAAAUGUCAGCUCAAUCUGUACAUAUAGUAGAUGAUAAUAACCCAUUUAGUGAUGUCUAUCAACACAAAGAAAAGAUGCAAAUGUCAUCUAUUAGACCACUACAACAAACAACACCUGCAGGUUCUUAUAUGAUGCCUGGUCCAGAUGGUCCAUCUAUUAGGCAAAUGACUUAUCAUAAUGAAGAUAAUCCAUAUCACCAUCCAAUGCAACAACAAAUAAGACCAGUGCAGACAAUGGGUCAGCAAAUACCUUCCCAACACCCAACUAGUCAUUAUCAACAGUCAAAUGAUAUGCAAAUGUUUCGAUAUCCACACCAACAACCCGUUUAUCAACAAAGACCUUAUAAUGAACUUGUGGGCCAACCAUAUCCCGCACAAUUGCCACCUAACUAUCAGCAUUCACAAAUGUCCAUAAGAAGACCACCGCCUCCACCAUAUCCAGGCUCUUUAGGACAGCCAACACCUCAACAACAACAUCAACAACCGCAACAACAUAUGAGAAUGUAUGGUUCACCACAGGUAGCUACGACUUCUCCAAUGCCACGACAACCUGUACAUCAAAUGCAUGUUUAUCACCACCAAAUGUCAUCUAAUGAAUUUGAUCCAAAUUCAUAUGUUGACACUAUGUCUUUGAACACAUUCCAAAGUAAUUGUGAUGAUAAUCAAAUGGUUCAAUCAUCUGCCAGAACAAUACCUGUAUCGGCUUCAUAUCCAGUAUCUGAAAAUAAUUUAUCGACGCAUAUGUCAGCACCUGAUAUGUUAUCUGUUAGUUCAGAAGAUUUGUUAGUUUCUAAUCCAAAUGAUAUGAUGUCAGACUUACAGCACUUUAAGUCACAAACGUCUGUUGAUAGUGAAACCAAUGAUCAGAAGCCUUCAAUUGUUGGCGAAGCAAAGACUUCCAUUUCUUUUAAUAUUGAUGAACAAGGAUCCGGUCACGAUAAUGAUGCUGUCAAUGACUUACAUAAUGAUAAUGAUAAUAAAGAUGUUGAUGUACAGACACAAAACAAUAUUACAAUAAACAUAAAACAAGAGUUUAUCGAACCGAUAGAUCAGAUUUCUUCACAAUCACAGUCAUGUCAAUUAAGUGAGCAAAUUGUUGCCAUUAAGGAUGAACAGGUAAACAAUACAAUAUCAUUACCGUCUCCAUUAUCACCGUCAACGAUGUCAACUCCGAAACCACAAACAUCACAAUCGAUAGAAUCAACAAAUGUAUCGGAAAUCUAUCAAACAUCCGAUGAAACUAAGUUUUUAGUGUCAGUUAAUGACAAUAAUAAUGACGAUAAAGUAGUUGAAAACAAUUGUAUUAAUACAGCAAAUGAAUUAAGCAAUGAAUCAAAUGAUUUAAAUGACGAGUUGGCACAUAAUAAUCAAAAUGCUUUACUCAAACAACUCUUACAAAACUGUCCCUCAGCUGACUCACAAAAUAAGACAAUUGUUGAAACUAUUGUAAAACAAAAUGAUCAACAAAAUGAUUUAAAUAAUAAUAUUGAUUUAAAUGAAGAAUCCAAUAAUAAUGAGCAAAAUAUAGUUGAAAAUGAAAUCGAUUCAGUACUGCCUCUAAUUGAGGCGAAAACAGAAGAAGAUAAAGAAAUGGUACCAAUUGUUGAAAGUGAAAUAACUAGUGAACCAAUUGCAAGCACUUCACUUACUCAACCAAUGACUCCAACGACUCCAACUACUCCGGGUGUUUCACCAGAGAAAAAGUUGUCUUAUUUAGACAUCCGUAGGGCUCAGUUGGAACGAGAACCUACGCCUCCACCCGAAGAACUAAAACCAAAGAGAAAACGAAUGGUUAAAAGAAAAGAAGCUAAAAGUCCUGAUGGAGUGUCCGAUAGUGUCAAACCUCCCACUAAAAAGAGAUCUCGAAAGGCUUCACAAACUCGAACUGAUGAAGAUAGUGAACUAUUUUUGACAGCUUUGAUGACACAACUAAGAUCUUUACCACCACUCCAAGUGCUUGAACCUGUCUUGAAACCCAAUUAUAAUGUUUUCUUACCAUUUGAUGCACCAGAUUUCAAUUCAAAAGAGUCAACACUUCGUGGAAGUUAUGGCAAUGCAUUUCUUUCAUCGACAAUUGAUUACUACUCAACCUAUCCUUUUGGACCAAACAAAGCACCGCCUUUGACACCAUCAUUGCCACCGAGUGUUGUUAAUAGUGCUCAAACCGUGUCGAGUAGUUUUAUUAGUUGCAAUAGUUCAUCGAUUGGAAUGCCCUCAACAAGUCGUGGCUUUUAUAACGAAGAAUUUUCUAAAUUCUCGACUCCAUUACUUCAUACAUCGUCUUCAAAUAAAAAUGAUAUUGAAUUUACCGGUUAUUACCGCGACUGUGACAGUCCAGACACUAUAGUUUCUUCAUCUUCACCGGAAACUGUUAUAUAUGACUGUCCUAUUGAUUCAUUUAAAGCACUUAAAUAUAUUAGUGUUGAUGAAGACGAUGAUAGUGAAUACAAAGAUAUUAAUAAUAACAGAUCUUCGCCAGAAAUUCCAAUGUUAUUAUCGAUACCAAUCCGUCCGAUUCCUAUUAGACCACAUAUUUCAACAACACCUGAAAGACGAGAACCAGAGAAUGACUUAGAGAGAGACAAAGAAAAUGUUUUGGAUACAAAUACUUCACUUAAACUAAAAACUAUUCCAUCGAUUCCACUCAAAGACACGGGCAAUGUUGGAGUUACUCUUACAUUAUCUUCUGCUGAUGAUAUUCGUGGUAUAUUGAGUGCAUUAGCCAAAUAUCUGGACAUUCCUGCGCCCAAUACUUUUGAAAUAGUCGAGCGAUCGAUAACACCUCCGAAUCAGAAGUUAGGUCUUUAUAAUAAAGAUAAUAUUGACUCAGAAAAUGAUAAUUCAAAUGUCGAUUCGUUAGUAAACGGCGGCAAAACACAAGUCAUGAAAAAUUUCUGUAAAUUCUGUGAUAUUGUUGUUUUAAAUGCUGGCAUUAAAAAGAGUUGUUCAGAAUUACCACUCUUAGCACAGCAACAAUUGGAAGGGGAGGAAGAAGUGAUAUUUUGUAGUAUCAAUUGUUGCACUAAUUUCUUAAACAGACGUCCGCCAACUCUAGAAAAGGAGGCGACAGCUGUUGUGGUUCACCGACAUUCCAAUGAUAAGAGUGUCACUGAAAUUAAGACAGAAAAACCUCUAAUUGUUAAGAACUCUAUGGAUUUCUUGCCACCAAUGAGUCCAAUGAUGGAAGACGAUGACAUCAGUGAUCACGAAAUAUUAUCUUUAAAUUUGUCGCCAAAACUACCGACUCUUUCGAUUGAAGAACAAUUAACAGCGCCGAACAGUUUGAUGGAAGUGGAAAUAGAGACAGAAAACCAAAUGUCUCGUCCAUUGACACCCAAAGAACCGAUUGUUAAGCAAUGGAAAGAUUCGCGAUAUAAGUAUUGGAAUUUUCAGACGUUUGAUAAAAUGAUUAAAACAGAGAACGAAGAAGUAGAUGAUGAAGAAGAAGAAGAAACGGAACUUCUUUUAGAUAAAAUGGAAAUUUGUGUCAAACCUGAUCCAAAUGCAGUUGAGAGAAGAAAAUGUAUUUUAUGUCAUGAAUUAGGAGAUGGAGAAGCAGAUGGACCAUCACGUCUACUCAAUAUGGAUGUCGACAAAUGGGUUCACUUGAAUUGUGCGCUUUGGUCUUCAGAGGUCUAUGAGAUGAUGAGUGGAGGCCUUAUGAAUGUAGACCAGGCGUGUAAACGAGCGCUAAGUUUGCAGUGUAUUAAAUGCAAGAAAACGGGUGCUUCACUCAAAUGUUAUAAACCUCGUUGUGUUAACUCUUACCACUUUCCCUGUGCUCUCAGUGAUCAGUGUAUGUUCUUUAAAGAUAAGACAUUAUUAUGUUCACAACACUCACCAAAAAUACCAAAUCCUGAAGAGAUGACAACAUUUGUCGUUUAUCGACGAGUUUAUGUCAAUCGAGACGAACAGAAACAGAUCGCAUCAAUGAUUCAUAUGGGAGACAAUCAUUUGCUUAGAAUUGGAAAUCUUAUAUUUGUAAACAUCGGACAACUACUUCCACACCAAUUGCAUGCCUUUCAUAAUGCAAACUAUAUCUAUCCCAUCGGAUAUAAGAUAAUUAGAUUUUAUUGGAGUUUUAGGAGAUUUGGUAAAAGAUGUCAAUAUAUUUGUUCGAUCGGUGAUGUGUCCAAUAGACCUGAAUUUGUAGUUGAAGUCAAAGAGGAAGGCUUUAAAAAUGUUGUUUUCAGAGAUACAUCACCUAAAAAUGUUUGGCUACCGAUACUUGAAUUAAUUGUUAAAAUGAGAUUAGAGGCCAAAUUAAUUAAAGUAUUUACUGAAUAUAUUACCGGAGAAGACUUGUUUGGUCUAUCAGAACCAGCAAUUGUCAGAAUAUUAGAAUCAUUGCCCGGAAUCGACACAUUAAAUGACUAUAACUUUCGUUACGGUCGAUCACCACUUCUAGAAUUACCACUCGCUAUAAACCCGACGGGUUGUGCACGAACUGAGCCAAAACUUCGGACUCACUUCAAGCGACCGCAUAGAUUGCAUGUAUCGACCACUGGAUCUUCUCGUUCCUCAAUACAGUCAUCAUUGAGUCGAAUGGAAGAAAGUUCUCCAUAUGUCAAACAAUUUGUGCACUCGAAGUCAUCUCAAUAUCGGAAAAUGAAGAUGGAGUGGAGGAAUAACGUCUAUUUGGCCAGAAGUGGUAUACAAGGACUCGGUCUUUACGCUGUCAGAGAUAUCGAAAAGCACACAAUGGUUAUCGAGUACAUCGGUCUUCUCAUACGUAAUGAAAUUGCUGAACGAAAUGAACGUAUAUUUGAGGCACAGAAUCGCGGAGUAUAUAUGUUUCGUUUAGAUGACAAUCGUGUAAUCGAUGCCACUUUGUCUGGAGGUUUGGCCCGUUAUGUAAAUCACUCGUGUAAUCCCAAUUGUGUGGCCGAAUCCGUGCAAAUCGAUAGAGAAAAUAAAAUAUUAAUUAUUGCUAACCGAAAGAUCCUAAGGGGUGAAGAGUUAACAUACGAUUAUAAGUUUGAUGUUGAAGACGAUCAACACAAGAUCCCAUGUCUUUGCGAAGCUCCUAAUUGUCGCAAAUGGAUGAACUAAUUGACACAUUCAACUCAUAACACAUUAAAUUAAUUACUAAAUUAAAAUCAUUGCUUUGGAAAUCAUUAUCAACAUAUAGUAUAUAAUUUACAUAUAAUUA